AUGGCCCUCUCUUGGAAAUCCUUCGACUUCUUCGAUGUCAGCCAGGUCAAGCUCUCCGACGACGACGAGACGCGCGCCUUCUUCGACAGCAACGAGAUCUCCAGCGUCUGCUCCGGCUCCGACAGCCUCUUCCUCGGCAGCUCGGACGGCCAUGUGCGCAUCGUGGGACCCAGCUGGCGGAUCGUCCGCAGCUUCCAGGCACACGAGAAUGUCCGCAUCUCGCACAUGCGCCAGGUCGAGGGGACGAGCUUGCUAGUCACAGUUGGAGAGGAUCUCAGCGGCGAGCCAGUGCUGAAGGUCUGGGCUUUGGACAAGCCGGUCAAGAAGACGGGCAUGCCGACCUGCCUGAGCAGCGUGACAAUCUACAAUGGGAGGAAACAGUUUCCUGUAUCGGCCUUUGCCGCGACAGAAGACUUGUCCCAGAUUGCCGUCGGCUUCGCAAACGGCGCGGUGACAGUCAUACGGGGAGACCUGGUCAAUGACCGCGGCACAAAGCAACGAAUUGUCUACGAGUCCGAGGAACCCAUCACUGGAGUCGAACUGCGGGUCGACGAAAGACUGACCACCCUCUUCAUCUCGACCGUUUCACGCAUACUGAAGUUGACAAUCUCCGGGAAGGGGCAGGGGCAGCCACCAAAAACAGUUGAGGACCAGGGUUGUGGCGUUGGAUGCAUGGCGGUGGAUAAGCGAGACGGGAGCGUCAUCGUCGCAAGAGAUGAUGCGAUCUAUUACUACACGGCCGAGGGGCGGGGGCCUCCCAAAGCAUACGAUUCGCCCAAGGAGCUAGUGACGGUAUACCAACAGUACGUUGCGAUUGUGUCGCCUCCGAAAUCAGCCCAAGACCCGAAUGCAUUACGCAGGCGCUUCGGUGGCAAUGCUGCGGACGCCAUCUUUAACGCAUCGACAUUCUCCCUGCUUGAGCCAGAUCUCAAGGUGAUUGCACACACCGAGACCCUCAUCACCAAGGUUCUCGCCGUUUUCGAGCUAUGGGGCGAUCUAUACACAUUGACGCAAGAUGGCAAGGUCUACAGAUACCACGAAAAGACGCUCCAACAGAGGCUGGAGUUGCUUUACCAGAGGAAUCUCUACCCCUUUGCGAUAUCCCUUGCACAGACUGCCGGCCUGGACACCCAACAGCAAAACGUCAUUUUCCGCAGGUACGGCGAUCACCUGUAUCAAAAAGGAGAAUAUGAUCAAGCCAUGGCCCAGUACAUUAAAGCGAUCGACAACACGGAACCGUCCCAAGUGAUCAGGAAGUUCUUGGACACACAGAGGAUACACAACCUCAUCGAAUAUUUGGAGCAGCUCCAUGAGCAUGGGAGAGCCACCUCGGACCACACGACACUUCUCUUGAACUGCUAUGCAAAAUUGAAAGAUAUCGAGAAGCUGGAGGCGUUCAUAAAGCAACCCGGAGAGCUCAAGUUUGACCUGGACACGGCGAUAACAAUGUGCAGGCAAGGAGGUUAUUUUGAGCAGGCUGCCUACCUCGCCAAGAAACAUGGUGAAAAUGACUUGGUAGUGGAUAUCCUGAUCGAGGAUCUGAAGGACUAUAAGGAGGCCCUUGCCUUCAUAUGGCAUCUUGAUCCUCAGACGGCCUACCCAUGCCUGAUGAAAUAUGCCCGGGUACUCAUUGAGAAUUGUCCAAAAAGCUCGACGCAGCUAUUUAUCGACUAUUAUACCGGGAACUAUCGUCCCAGGGUGCGCCAUGCUGACACCAUUGAGACCCCUGCAUCAGGUGGCGGUUUCGCAGCGGGCGCAGUGAGCGCCGUCCAGAACCUUUCUAACCUUCUUCCUCUGCCGUAUAUGAACUCGUCUGCGGUGGCCUCACCGCCGACCCAAGGGAACAUAGAGCAAACUGUCAGCGAUGGCGCCGUUCUGCUCGAUGCCGACGAUGUCCCACCUCCGAAAUACACACCACCGCAACCACGGACCGCCUUUUCGUCGUUCAUAGAUCACCCCGACGAAUUCAUCGUCUUCCUCGAAGCAUGCCUUGGAGACGAGAGCAUAGCAGAUGAGAACAAGGCCGAUCUUUACACGACUCUGUUUGAGAUGUACCUACACAAAUCCACGGAGGUGAAGAGCGAGCACGACCGAGAGCAGUGGGAGCAAAAAGCCAAGAAACUUAUCGAAGGCCGCGGCGUGCCCAUAGAAAACUCCAAUGUGCUACUAUUGUCGCAUCUAUCAGAAUUCCAGGACGGGACGACGCUUGUCAAGGAGCAGGCCGGCCUCCUAUCGGACAUUUUCCGCUCCUACACUUCGGCCAAAGACACGCGCGGCGCCAUGAAAGCCCUGCGCAAGUACGGCCCACAGGAGCCUUCCCUCUACCCCGCGGCCCUGGCCUACCUGACCUCCGACUCCCGCGUCCUCGAUGAAGCAGGCCUGGACGAGCUUGCCAACGUCCUGCAGACGAUCGACAAGGACGGCCUGAUGGCGCCGCUGCAGGUGGUGCAGAUGCUGUCCAAGAACGCGGUGGCGACGAUGGGCAUGAUCAAGCCGUACCUGCACGAGACGAUCGAGCGGGAGCGCAAGGACAUCGCGUCGAACCGGCGGCGGGUGGCGGGGUUCCGGACCGAGACGGAGCAGCGGCGGGCCGAGAUCGCGGACCUGGGCGCCAAGCCGGCCGUGUUCCAGGCCACGCGGUGCCCCGUGUGCACGCAGGUGCUGGACCUGCCGGCGGUGCACUUCCUGUGCAAGCACAGCUUCCACCAGCGCUGCCUGCGCGGGGGCGACGGCGUCGAGGGCGAGUGCCCGCUGUGCGCGCAGAACAACGCCACCAUCCGCGCCAUCAAGCGCGGCCAGGAGGAGAACGCCGACCGCCACGAGCUGUUCAAGGACGAGCUCGAGCGGAGCGAGGACCGCUUCGCGACGGUGGCGGAGUGGUAUGGCCGGGGCGUCAUGAAUGUGCAGCAGAAUCUGGAAUAA